CUGCCGCUCAGUGUGCAUUGUGUGCGUCCUGCAUCGACACGCCGCAAGCGAGAUGGAUAGAGCCUGAGCAGCGACGAGCUGAUGGCGAUCGCGUUGUAAGCCGCUGAAUGUUAGCUAGCAACUUAGUUGGUGUGCGUGCGCGUAUCUCGUCACCGGACUGCACGACGUCCGCGCAUCGUCUCGCCGCCGCUUUUGUGCCCCCACGAGUGCGGUGUGUGCGCGCCGCCGACGACGACGUCGCGAUCGUGUGCGGAAAGUGCGAAAAGUCGGAAAAGUGUGUGUGCAAGUGCGGAGUAUCGGACACGAUGCGUUAUUUCCACCGGAGCCAGCUGUAACCCCGAGACUGCACAAAUGGCUGAUGAUGACGGCGAAGCGAAAAAGCAAGAUGCGUUUCUUCAGAAUAAGGAAACAUACAAGAGAACACAGGAAACGCAGAACGAGCAAAGAUUUCCGAUUCGAGUGCCCGGUAUAGUCGAAGUACCGGUGGGUAGUCGCGGUCCAAGGAGUUUGUACCUUCGACGAAAUGGAGACACGUUCGGAUUCACGCUGCGGCACUUUAUCAUCUAUCCCCCGGAAUCACUCGCAGAAACCGACGGUAGGCAUGCGGCGGUGGGCGCUCUGCUCACUCCCAUGGACACCAUCUUCGUGAGGUACGUUGCGCAAGGUGGUCCCGCCGAGCAAGCAGGCCUACAGCGUGGCGAUCGCAUCCUGUACGUGAACGGCGAGUCGGUCAGCACGCUCACCUAUUCGCAGGUUGUCCACAAGAUACAGACAAGUCCACCAUAUCUGCAUCUGCUUGUUGUCCCUAAAGAAGAAGACGUUCUUCAAAAGUACUUUUCUGAUACAGCGCACAACCCAGUAAGCAAUCAAUGUCAAUCAUUUGAUGAAGCCGAGCAUCGUCGAAAAGGUUUUCAAGUGGAUUCGGUAUCCUGGCGGUCGUUACAAGACUCCGGAUCGAAUUACGGGAAAUUAUCACAAAGUGCACGACGCUCGCAGAUUGUGCAGCAGCAGAAAAGCGCUGAUAAUAUUUAUAGUUCUGUGAACGAUUUUGCGCCGCCUUAUCAACGCCCCGUGUAUCAGAAGAGCGCUGAUAAUCUGUACAGUAGCCCAAGUGAUAAUUUGCGACGGGAGGUUUUGGUUGAAAGUAAUUUAAAUGAUUUGCAACGCGCGCGCGCUCAACCGCAAGUGCCGCUCUAUAGAAAGAUGGGCCGCCGCUCCAGUGAGUGUGCCACCACCGAAAGCCUAAAUUGCGACGAGCUUACACUUAAGGCCAACUACGGUAUGGAUGUGCAAUUUGCAAACGCGCCUACACCGGCGAAUUGUCGCAUGGCGUUGGAUGCGCAUAGAAGGGAGUCUUCUUCGUCGCUGGGUUCUUCUGCUAAUGAUGGCAGUAAAGAUAGUUUGCUUAGCUAUGACUCGACGUCGACGUUAACUGGACACGAUACGGACGAUUCUGUCGCCAUGGUGCGGCUGAAGAAGAGCCUGCAGAAGAAAGAGGAGUUUCUGCGACGGCCGAGUAAUCCAGCGGUGGAUAUGCGCGUCCAGAAGGAGUUCUAUUCGCGCCCGAAGAAGCUGGACAAACCGGUGUGGCCGCCGAAUGACUCACCAACGCGGCUUGCGAAACCCACGCACCACAUCUUUCAGCGGGUGAAGAACGACAUCGAGAGCGAGCGUGAAAGUCUGCCUAAUCAGGAUGGCUCUACGACGACUACGAAUGUCGGCAAGCCGACGAAGACGUCGAAGGACUGGCACUUUGGCCAGCUGGGGAAGAUUCACGAGGCACCUACCCACGAUGCACACGUCAAUGGUAAUUCAUCGGACGGCGAUGAUCGGAGAAACUAUCCGCCGCACAGUCUUCAGAUUGUCUCAAAGCGAGCAAAGCAGUUUGAAUCGGGGCAUGUGACACCCGAGGAUGAUCCGCUCAGCAACGCCGAUCGCACGUUGCUGUAUCGCAGCGAGUUGGCCGGCAUGGCGCAGAAACGCGUUGUGCCCAACGUGGCGGUCAGGACCAAAGAGUUUGAGACGCGGAUUUACGAACCCCAUCGUGAUUUCAGCUCCAGCUCGAUUGCGUCCUCCAACGCGCAUCUGCGCAAGAGUUUUCGAGAUAGUCGGUCCUUGGAUAGCUCAGGGAGCAACUGUAGCUUAGGUAGUAGCAUCGCUGAAAACGUGAAGCAGCUUCCCGGGAAUUUCAGUAUUCCCAUCGGAAGUAAGUUCAUUCAUUGUGUUCCACCCGCGGAUGGUCAGGCGACGCAAGAUAUACCUAAUGAUGUACAGUUGGUCAAAACCCGAGCACGGUCCAAUUCGGCUGGUUCCUGGGCGCAGGCAAUGCAGGACAGCAAAACUGAUGAAAAAAUGGACACGACCCCAAUUAGCACGCGCGCACAAGUUGCACCGUCACCCCUCAUACCGCAGCCGGUGGAGCGUUUCCGUGCGACACCUUGCGUGUCCGUCACACCCGCCUCACCUGUCCCCAAUGGCGCUGUGGCCGAAACGGCACCACCCCAUUCGGUCCUUCAUCCCUCGCACAAACCGCAUCCUGCACGCCCCACCGAUCUCGAUCUGGGCGCCCCGAAGCGCCCCAUGCGACACUUGAGGCCGCCGCAAGCCGAUGCACCACCUGUUCCAGCAGCUGAUAAACACUUGGUGGUGCGGCGGACUAAAAAUACUAACUUAACGGAUGAGGAACGUGGUACAAGACGCGAAUCGUACUUGAAGGCGACCGAAGGUGGAAGAAUGCAUUUCGAAAGCGCCGACCUGAGCGACGGCGACGUGUCCCCGCAACUGCUACGCAGUGCCCAUAGAAGGUGGCGUCCGCCUUUAUUUCCUAGCGACAUUCAGCAACUUCGCAAAUUUUUCGAAGACACUGCUUCCUCUCUGGGAGGCAGCAUCAGUGGGGGCAGUAGUAGCAGCACCUCACUGGAACGUGACAAACAUAGUCCUCUGGUGGAGAAAGAAAAGCCACAGUUUGUGCGCGAACGACUACUGCAUUUGAAAAUCACCGAAAUCGAUGGCAAGCGAUAUCCUGAUCGGUCAUGGAAACAAGUGUGGGCUGUGCUCAAAGGUCCCAAACUGUUUCUCUACAAAGAUAGACAUCACCAGAGCCCGGUCGGAACAUCGGAGGUAGCGGAUCAGUCUCUGGCCAACGGCGUAGACAUGCGCGGAAGUUGCGUGCAAGUUGCUGAUGAUUACACCAAGCGCAAGAAUGUGUUGCGCAUUUCUUCGGUGCUGCCCUGCCGCUCCGAACUCCUUCUGCAAGCAGAGAGUACCGAAGAGCUUGCUGAAUGGGUGCAAGUCCUUCACGAACAAGUUGCUACUGAUGUAGAUGGAAAAGAUGUGAACUCCGGAAAACAGCAGGCCGUCCCGCAGAGUGUACCGGCCGCCACGAGUAUACAAGUGCAAGGUGGUAAGAGCAAACUGCCCACGUUGCGGAAUCGCUCGCCGACUGGCCAGUCCCCGGUGUCGAAGACGCGCAAACCCUCGCAAGUCAACGAUCCGUCGACGAGUCCCAAGUCAAAAACAUGGCGCGGCCGCGUGGCAAAACAGUUCCGCCGAAUCCAACAUGGUGCCAGCUCUCCGAGUUCACCUACAGCCCCGGAGGGUUCGACAUUCGGGAACAAUCUGGAGCAUUGUUUACCAUCUGAAGAACAUCCUUAUGUGCCUAAACUAGUGGAAAUUUGCACUGAUUUCGUAGAGAAUCGCGGACUGGAAGUGAUCGGUAUCUACAGAGUUCCUGGCAAUAGCGCUGCCGUCACAGCUCUCACGGAUGAAGUAAACAAGUCCUACGAUGAAGUGUCACAGGUAGAUCCACGCUGGAACGAUGUCCACGUGGUGAGCAGUUUGCUCAAGUCCUUUUUCCGCCGGUUACCCGAUUCACUCUUAACCACCGGCGCGUAUCCGUACUUUAUUCAAGCGGAUAACAUAGAAGUACCAGUCACGCGACUGGAAGAAAUCCGCAAACUAGUUAAGAGCCUCCCGGUUUACAAUUACCACACGUUGAGACAUCUCAUCUUGCAUCUGCGUCGAGUUGCGGAUAAUUCUGAAGUGAACAAGAUGGAUACCAAGAACUUGGCGAUCGUGUUUGGUCCAACGAUUGUACGCACUGGUGAGGAAAAUAUGCAAAAGAUGGUCAACGACAUGACGCAUCAGUGUAAGAUUGUGGAGUCUUUGCUGAAAUACGCCGACUGGUUCUUUUCGGAUGACAGUGUUGAGUCGUUGAAUUUACCGGCGGCUCCCAUUGCACAAGGGGAAAUAUUUCCAACCGAAAUGAAAACAAAUACGGCGUUGUUAAAGGAAAACAUUAGUAAAAUGGAGGGCUUAACGCAGAGCAAGGACCAAAAGGAUAAAUUGUUUUUGUCGAUUUUCACCGCUGCGCACAAACGUUAUCGCAAGAAGCCGAAAGACAACGACGAGCCGCAGUCGCCUACAGGGACGGGCCAGUUUAACAUCGUGCAGUUUGCGAACGCAACCAAUGAUCUCAAAGAAAGUACAACUGAAGUGAAGCCAAGCACAAACGAGCCAAUCAAAGAAGAAAAGGUCGCCAAACCCAGGGACUCGAACGCCGUGUUUAACUACAACAAGGACACGGAAAUGUUCCGACAACGUGUUGAAAACUUUAUACAGGAAACCAACUCGGUCCUUUCGCGUCCCAGAAAUAAUAGUAAUAAUAGUUUAGAUAUGCCAAAUCAUCAAAUGAGUUCCUCAUCGAGCAGCAAUGUCCGCCAUUCGCUGACCGUAAACAAUACGUGUGACCAGCGCGUGAUCACGAAAACCAAUAGCGCGUCUAACGUGUUCGGUCGAAGUGCGCCUAGUGCGGAAAAGUGCGCGCCGGCCAAGCCGCAAUUCUUAUCGUUCGGUGCUAAACCUGACAGCCUUAAUAACAGCGUGAAUAAACUGAAGGACAGCAGCAGUGAUAUCAGCUCGAAUGCUAGCGACUAUAAAGGAUUAACGAUGCGACGUGGCAGUUCAGUGGAGAACAUUGGCAAUCAAGACUUUGUCAAUGCCAAUGGCAAAAAAGUAAAAUAUGAAAAUGAGAACGAAUCUAACAUGCAGAGGACGAAUUCUUUGGAUUCGUUGAAUAAGUUGCCUGCUUUGGAUGACGGUGAUCUAGUCACGACAAUGACGAAGAUCUAUGAUGAACGCAAGAAGAAAUUAAACCCUUCGAUUUUAUCCGACGAGAACAUCCCGUACGUGGACGAAUCACCCGAAAAGAUCUGCAGGCAAUCGGUCUCGUAUCUGAACAAAGAAAACAUUCCUAGCUCGCCGAAGCUCUAUCGCAAUCCAAGCCUGCACAAGAGCCAGUACACCAAUUCUAAGCUCCUAUCAACGUGCCCCAAUAACACCUAUAAAAUAAAGGAGAAGUUGGAGGUUGCCGAAAAGGACGAAGAUUGUACGAUCGGUGUCCAAAUUCCCGACAACGACAAAGUUGCUCUAACAACAAGUAAAAAGGUUAAUAUCAUGACCUCGACAGGCAACUCCCGACUACGACGCUCCGAAUCACUCAACAAACCAGAGCGAACUGUCUCUCCACUGAACAAUAAACUGAAGCGUUCGGAAAGCUUAAACAAAGCCAAUGACCGUCUUAAACGGUCGGACAGUCUGACGAAAAACGAAAAAACCGAGAGCAAUAUUAGUAAAAAACGCGAAAUCAGUGGCACUCGACGUGGAAAGGAUGUUUUCAAACUGAAACGCAAGAACGGAAUGCCCGAUCGGUCCAUCAAACGACGCCACACGGUUGGUGGUUACCCUGAUAAGAUUAUCCUUGACAAUCGUUCGCGCGAAGAGGUCGCCGAUAACGAGAACAAGAAAGAGAAGACGUUGCGCACCAGCUCGCCGGACCUCAGCUCCACGCGACGUGAACGUCUGUUUCUCGAAGUGAACUUUUAUGAUUCGGAGAAUAUGAUUUUAUCCUUGCGUCAGCAUCUGGUAGGCGCACGGCCGCAGAGUUUUCCCGAGUCGGUGUAUAAGGUGCCGCUCGAAUCUCACGUCUAAUCGUCGCGCAACUCUUUCGACCUGGAUUCUAAAUGCACGCCUAGUUCAAAUAAUGUCUGUGCCUUGAAUAUUAUAUUACGCGAUGCUCUCUUGAGAACAAUCAAAAACCCGGAACGACAGACUGAGAAUUACAAAUCAAUGUGCAAUUUAAAAUCACGAUUAAGGUAAACGAAUUAAGUAAUGAUUUCACGCAGGUAUAGGUGUCCCUUGGACGCGCGGUCGUUCACUUUUAUUAUACAUUAAUUAUUUUAUCGAUUGCUAUUACUUGUUUAUGAUCGACUAGAAAUGAAAUUUCUAUAUAAAACGCAAAAGAAAGCUGAGAGCGCAUUUAAAUAAUUUUAUAUUAUUAUUUUAUUAUUCAUAUUCAUAUUCUCUUAUUUGUUAUUAUUUAUUUUGUAACUAAAACAAUUUGCUUCAUUUUAAUAUUAUGUGAUUAUGAUUACAUAUUCCAGGAUUAGCAAUUUGAAAUUUGUGAUAACUCUUCUUGUAUAAAAUGAUAAAAUAUUGUACAUAGUAUAUAGAAUUAUGUAACUUUGAAACGCGUUUUACCCAAGAGCGUAAAUAAUUUUUAUAUCUGCUAGAUAUGCACCGAUCAAUCAAACUAUUUUUCCACAAAAUUCAGUUGUACAUAGUAAUAUGAUUAAAUUAUUCUCGUUUUAAUUUUUGCAGUCGCCGUGUUGCAGUAUUAUAAUAAAUACUGUGCCAAAAUGCAAGAACAUCAAUAAUUGUAUGCAAUUAUGCAGAAAGUAAAUAAUGGAAAUUUCUUAUGAUAUAUUAUUGUAAAUAAAGAAUUUAAUGCAAAUAUAGGAUUAACUAUUUCGUCGCGGUAAGGUGAUUUCUAUUAUUUAGGCUGUUUGUGACUUGCCUGUUACUGUUUUAUUUUUAUAGUUUUAAGGAUAAAUGUGUAUGUUUGUUUUACUUCUGAAAACGAUUAAGUAUUGAAUAAAAAAUUUGGAAGAUA